GAGCAUGAAGUAGGUGAGCAGACAGAGCACUCAAUUCAAUUUGCAACCGCUGAAGCCACAAGCCAGUCGCUCACUGCAAGUCUUCCGUGUGACUUUAUCGUUUUUAAACUUCUACUUCCACUAAAAAAAAAUUAGCCGUUCUUGACGUUGAGUUGCCGAUAUUUUAGUAGACGUUUAUUUACAACCAAAAAAAAAUUGUACAGUAGACGUUCUUGAAGUGAAGUUUCAGAUAUUAUUAGUAGACAUUAGCUUCCAGUAAAAUAAAUUGUAGAUACUCUUGAAGUGGAGGUUUGCAGAUUAGCUCGAACGUUCGGUGGUGUUAAAUUUACUAAAUGUCGGACUGUUGAGAACAUUUUUUUCUAAUGUCAAACAAAAUGAGUGACGAGGAGGACCUGGAAUCAUUGAUGUCACAUAUCGGUGAAUUUGGAUCGUAUCAAUGGCGACAAUUUCUGCUGCUAAUUUUGGGGGCAACAACAGCAGGUCUACACAUGUUGUCUGUUGUUACCGUGGCUGCUGUACCUGAGCACAGAUGUGCGAUCCCAGAUCUGGAUGAGAAUAGCACAAAUUAUUUUGAUAAUAGCGACCUUUUUGCCUUAUGGAUACCAACACUGUCAAAUGGAAAUCAAGAUCCAUGCCACUAUAUCGACUACAACACCAAUGAAACGGAGAGCUGCAGCAAAUGGAUGUAUGACACCACUUAUUACAAGUCAUCUAGAGGAAUGGAGUGGAAUUUUGUUUGCGCAAAUCGGUGGAAGAGCGCAGUGACACAGUCUUCCUACAUGUUCGGAGUCUUCACCGGAGCAGUCACUCUGGGGAGCAUGGCUGAUAAAUAUGGGCGCAAAAUAAUAUUCUACAUAUCAGCUAUUUUCCAGCUUCUGUUUGGAGUUGGCGUCGCGUUUGUUCCGGAAUUCUACAGCUACUUGGUGGUCAUGUUCUUCUAUGGUCUUUUUGGAUCAGCUGGGUCUUACAUUACUGGAUUUGUCAUAGCCAUGGAAAUCGUGGGCCCAUCAAAGCGUACCGCGGUUGGAUUGACGUUCCAGGGCAUGUUUGCCCUAGGAGUGAUGCUUGUAGCUCUGUGGGGAGCCCUGAUACCCGACAGGGUGAUUCUCCAAGUUGUUUACGGACUACACAGCCUUAUGUUGGUCGGGCAUUGGUGGCUAAUUGACGAGUCCCCCAGAUGGCUAUGGUCACAGGGGAGGUACUUGGAAGCUGUGACGAUAAUAGAGAAAGCAAUCAAGAUUAAUGGUGGAGUCGACACGGAACUGGACAAAACAAAGUUUUUGUCAGGCAGGAAAUACGCGAAUGUAAACCAAGAGCAGCAGACAUACAGUGUUUUAGACAUGUUCCGCACACCCAAGCUACGUCUCAAGUCGUUGAAUACUGGAUUGAAUUGGUUCGCAAACAGCCUCGUAUACUACGGCCUAUCGCUGAACGCGGGCAAACUGUUCGGCAACCCUUACCUGGUGCUGUUUAUCCUGGGUCUCGUGGAGAUUCCCAGCUACUUCGUGUCGACCGCCCUGCUAGAUCGGACAGGGCGAAGGUGUCUCACUUCCACAUUCAUGCUGCUUGGAGGACUAGCUUGCAUGGCCGCAGCGCUCAUUCCGAGAGUUUCCGACUUGGGUAGUAUGUUGGCAACAGCAGUGGUGUUCUUCGGCAAGUUCUGUAUAUCGGCCUCGUUUGCAAUAAUCUACAACUACAGUGCAGAGCUGUUUCCCACUGUGAUCAGGAACACAGCCAUGGGUGUGGGCAGCAUGUGUGCCCGCUUCAGCGCUACACUCACUCCCCUCAUAUCACUCAUGGACUCUUUCGAUCCCCGCGUACCCACCGUGGUGUUCGCGACAGUGGCGCUGGUAUCAGGCGCUCUCACUCUACUGCUGCCUGAAACCAUGAACAAACCAAUGCCACAAUCGCUCGAUGACGGAGAGAACUUCGGAGAGGGAGAUACCUGCUGCUCCACGGGAUGCUUCGGCAAGAAAACAAGCGGAACUUCAGUGCCUAUGCAGGAUCUCACACCGUUAUGAGAAAAUCAAUUUCGAGCAUCUUUUGAAGGAUGAAUUUCAUCUGAGAAAGAUGCAAGAUGAAAGAAUACAUCUCGAUUCAAUACAUCUUGGGUAGUCACCCUUCACGGCCUUCACUUCAUUCGAUUGAAUGAAUCUCGAUAUAUAUUCCUAAAUUAUGGAAACAUAAUAAUGAAUCUCGAUAUAUAUUCCUAAAUUAUGGAAACAUAAUAAUGAAUCUAGAUUUGGCGUCUUCAAGAAGAUAUCAAUAUUGUAUUGUAUUACCAUUGUAUUGCCAAUAACAUAUUGUAUUGUAUUGCCAUUGUAUUAACAAUAUUGUAUUGUCAUUACCAUAAUUGCAGGGUUGUACCAGCUCGGAUGAUAAUCGCUAUUACAGCAUUACUUUAUUCCUAAAUUAUGGAAACAUAAUAAUGAAUCUCGAUAUAUAUUCCUAAAUUAUGGAAACAUAAUAAUGAAUCUAGAUUUGGCGUCUUCAAGAAGAUAUCAAUAUUGUAUUUCAUUGCAAAACUUUUGUUGCAAUGGAAUAAAGGGUACUUGACAGUUUUUUCAUUGUGUUCUAAUAUUCAGUAUAGCCAACCUAAAAGAGAAGAGUGAACAUUUCAAGGAGAUAACAAUUUGCAGUAGGCUACACAUAAAAAAGCUGCAAGAUCUCACACUGUCAUGGAGAUAAUGAAUCUUGAUUCAUCUUCCUAAAUUAUGAAACAUAAUGAAUCUAAAUUAAGCAUCUCAUUUAAGACGUUAUCAAUAGGCGUUACCUAUCUCUCUCUAGUAAAAAUAGCUUGAAAGCUUAAAGUAGAAGUAGGCCUAUAUCAACUCGCAGUGAAUCUGUUGAUUAUUAUCACCUUGUUGUGAUAAAGGCCACAUGACACAUAUCAGUAUAUGUAGAAUGGAGAAAGCAAUGCCACAAUGUGUCUUAGGAAUAUUAGGUAUCUCACGUGUCCUUCAGAUUGCCUUAAAUGGAAAUGGUAUGUAGAUUUUCUGGAAAAAGUUUUAUAUGAGAGAAAGUAAGUUAAUUAGAUUACAAAUGAAGCUUUCCCAAAAUGAAGAUGCUGAACAAAAUAUUGCUUGAAUUGCGUCAAGAUUGCUAAAACUGUUAUAACUUCUCGAUCAUGUCACUUUUGAUUCUCAAUACUGAUUUGCAUAACAUAACAUUCACAUAAUAAUUAUUGAUUGAAUCGUUUAUUAAACUUUGUUGUAGUCCAUAUAGACACUGUGUAUUCCUACGCGAAUAUUUAAAAAACAUUUACUUUUUGAUGAAAAAUGAGAAAUGCAUGUUACUCCUAAAGAGGAGCUUAAUCAGCCUGCCUGAUGAGUUCUAUCAAACUCUGGAGAAAUAUAGGCUAUUUCAGAUCUUUAUAUAUAGAAACUGUGUAUUCUAUAAUCACCUUGUAUUAUCCAAUGUAUGUUUUAGUUUUAGAAAACGAGCAUUUGAAAAGAUAUCUUGAUUAUAACAUUUAUAACUUAUUAUUUAAUCA